AUGAUCAACGCAGACCCUACGCCGGCCUCUGGCUUGGCCUGGUGGGCUGAGAGCUACGAGGCCAAGUGCGAGCGCUGGCAGGAGACCCGUGAGAGCCGCCGCUGCCGCCCCAAUGUGACCACUUGUCGCCAGGUGGGGAAGGCGCUGAGAACCCAGCAGAGGGAACAGCUCCAGAGGGCACGACAACAGCAGUUUUUCAGGCAGAGGAACCUGAAGGUGGAAGAGAAAGGCAAGGCACAGAGCCCGCAGGCCAGGGAGCCAGGCCAGGCGACUGACCUCAAAGAGCCCUUGUCUUGGGCCAACAGGAUUUCUUCCCCCAGACAGCAGGUGUCAGGGACCAGCUCCGAGGUCUUUGCAACCCAACACCAUCCUGCCUCAGGCGCCUGGAGGGAUCCGGCUGACCACCUCCCCGCCCAGGCUGGGGGCCUUCCACCACAGGACUCUCUCAUCAAGAAGCCACCCAAACACCACCGUGGCACUCAGACAAAGGCAGAAGAAACACAGCCAACAAUUAAGAAUGACGCCAGUCAGCAAACCAAUUAUGGAGCUGCAGUUCUAGACACGAAAAUCAUCCAGCUUUCUGAGUACCUCAAAGAGGCCCUACAGAGUGAGCUGGUUCUAAAACAGAAAAUGAUGAUUCUCCAAGACCUACUGUGUGCCCUGAUUCAGGCCUCUGACAGCUCUUGGAAGGGCCAGCUUAAUGAAGACAAAUUGAAGGGCAAACUGAGAUCUUUGGAAAACCAGCUGUACACCUGUACCCAGAAAUACACUUCUUGGGGAUUAAAUAAGUUGCUAUUAGAGAUGGAAGACCAGAAAAACAGCUAUGAGCAGAAGGCCAAGGAGACACUGCAGAAAGUGCUGGAGGAGAAAAUGUGUGCAGAACAGCAACUGCAGAGCACACAGCGGUCCCUGGCUCUGGCCGAGCAGAAGUGUGAAGAGUGGAAGAGCCAGUACAAGGCUCUGAAGGAGGACUGCAGGACCCUGGGGACCCAGAACAGGGAGCUGGAGAGCCAGCUCCAUGUGCUUCAGUCCAAACUGCAGGGAGCAGACAGUAGAGACUUACAGAUGAACCAGGCCCUAUGGCUUCUGGAGAAUGAGUGCCAGGAGCUGCAGGCCAAGACUGAACACCUGCAGGGGGACAGAGACCUGUGCAGCUCGGAUACCCAGCACCUACAAGAUCAACUAAAGAGGUCAGAGGAGGAGAAACUUGCCCUGGUGACCAAAGUACAGCAGUUGCAGAGUCUGCUUCAGAAUCAAUCCUUACAGCUUCAAGAACAGGAGAAACUCUUAACAAAGAAAGAUCAAGCUUUGCCUGGGUGGAGUCCAAAGCCCUCCCAUAACGAAGUGGAGCCUGAGGGUCCAGGGAAGAAGGACUGGAAUUUCAGAGACCAGCUCCAAAAGAAAACCUUGCAGCCCCUGGCCAAGGAAAAGGAGUGCAGAGAACUGCAUUCAGAAUUAGACAACCUCAGUGAUGAGUAUCUCUCCUGCCUGCGUAAGCUGCAGCAUUGUCGAGAAGAGCUGAACCAGAGCCAGCAGCUGCCUUCCAGAGCAAUGUGGCCGAAGUUCCUGAUGCUGAUGGCACUGAUGGCUAUAGCAGUGGCAGUGUUCCUGGCCAAUAGGGACCUCCUGAAGUUCUGGAGAACUGGUGACAGCUGCCUUGGGUGAAAAUCAGAGGCAAGAAAUUCAGUAAAAAACUCAGGUCUGGGUACUUU